CUCACAAAUUAGCAACAAUCCAACGUUGUUCCAAUGGCUUUAGUUUCAACACUUUCUUUCUCGCCCCCGAAUUCUCCCAUUAUCAUGAACAAAACCCCACGAAUUAUCCACAAUUCCAGCGUUGUCCCUCCUUCAUCGUCGCCUAGGAUACCUAGAUGCAUCGUUGUUCCAGAUCACAGUUUGGCCCCUACACCCUCACAAUACUUCGACCGCACAUAUGGACAUCCCAUUAUCACUUUUGGACAGCAGGAUGAGUUUAGGGUUGAGCAUGCAAACAAAUUGGAGACGUUCAAGCGUAUAUUUGGAGAGGUUAGUGAAGACCCAUUACAAGGUCUGGCCAUGACCGAUGCUAUCCAACGACUAGGAAUCGACCACCAUUUCCAGCAUGAGAUUGAACAAGUUCUGCAAAGGCAGUAUAUGCUAUCAGGCGAUAACUAUGUUCAUAACUGCGACCUUCACGAGGUUUCCCUUCGGUUUCGAUUGCUCAGACAAGGAGGCUACUUUCUCCCUGCAGGAGUGUUCAACAGGUUCAAAGACAAGGAAGGAAGUUUCAGACAUGAACUCUGCAUGGACAUCAAGGGAUUGAUCGAAUUGUACGAAGCUUCACAACUUGAAAUUGAAGGAGAAGAUGUUCUUGAUGAAGCAAGAGAAUUUAGUUUCAAGAACCUGAGUAAAUGGCAAGAUUCAAAGGGGGGCCAUAUUUCUAAUACACUGGACCAACCUAUUCAUAAAAGCCUGCCGAGAUUGAAAGCCAGAAACUUGCUAACCAGUGAUUUACAAGCCACAAAUGGAUGGUUAAACAUCCUCCAAGAUGUAGCCAAAAUGGAUUUCAAUCUAGUUCAGUCCUUGCAUCAGAGAGAAAUAGCUCACGUUUCCGAUUGGUGGAAGCAGCUGGGUUUAGCAAAGGAAUUGGGGUUUGCAAGGGACCAACCAAUGAAAUGGUACAUUUGGUCCAUCACUUGCCUCACUGAUCCAACUUUGUCUGAACAAAGGAUUGAUCUCACAAAGGCCAUUUCUUUAAUCUAUGUAAUAGAUGAUGUUUUUGAUGUUUAUGGGACACUUGAUGAACUCACUCUCUUCGUGCAAGCUGUGGAGAGGUGGGAUUGUGGAGCAAGUGAUGGGCUGCCGGAUUACAUGAAACUAUGCUUCAAAGCUCUUGAUGAUAUCACCAAUGAAAUUAGCCAAAAGGUGCACGAGGAAUAUGGUCGCAACCCUAUCGACUCAUUAAGGAAGGCGUGGAAAACUUUGUUCAGAGCAUUUUUGGUAGAAGCAAGAUGGUUUGGUUCAGGGAAGUUCCCAAAGGCUAGGGAGUAUUUGGAGAAUGGAAUCAUUAGCUCCGGUGUACAUAUAGUUUUGGUUCACAUCUUCUUCCUCCUUGGGCUCGGCUCGACUGAUCAAAAUGUCGAGAUAAUCGACAACAAUCCAUCCAUCAUCUCCACCACUGCAGCAAUCCUUCGACUCUGGGAUGAUUUAGGAAGUGCUAAAGAUGAGAACCAAAACGGACACGACGGAUCCUACGUCGAUUGCUACAUGAAAGAACACCAAGACAUCGAGAUCGAAAGCGCGAGGCAACAUGUUAUCGAUAUGAUUUCGGAUGCAUGGAAAGCCCUCAACCAAGAAUGCCUUUCCCGGGAAUCGUUUUCCAUGACUUUCUGCAAGGCUUCCUUGAAUAUUGCAAGGAUGGUUCCGUUGAUGUAUAGUUACGACGAAAAGCAACGCCUUCCGAGCUUGGACGAGUACAUUAAGUCCCUACUCUAUCAAAGUGUACCCAUGAAAACUCUUUUCCCAACAAAAAUUUAAACAAAAAUCAACAGUUCCAAAAUUAGAGGAUUUCAUGAGUACAACGUGAUGAGUUUCUCCGGUUGUUCUAUAUGAUGAAAGUUAAUUAUGUUCUUGAACUACUAUAUGAUCAAUCAGCUGUUCUGUACGCAUGCCUGAUAAAGUAUUGUAUUCUAAAAUAAUCAC